AUGUUGGACCCGUCAUCCAGUGAGGAGGAAUCAGAUGGGAUAGUGGAGGAGGAAAGCAAAGAGGUGAUGGCACCUCAGGCCGGAUCCCGAGUAUCCCCGAGCAGGACAAGCGAAAGCUCCAGUAGUCUCCAGCCAGGUAGCCGUGGCAGCAGCGCUCGGCCGUCCAGUCCAAGUCCGUCGGCGGUCAGUGAGCAUGAGAAAGAGGAGGUGGAGAAAUUGCAGAGGGAAGAAGAGGAGAGAAAGAAGAAGCUGCAACUCUAUGUCUUCGUGAUGCGAUGCAUUGCCUAUCCAUUCAACGCCAAACAGCCAACCGACAUGGCGAGGCGACAGCAGAAGAUCACAAAACAACAGCUGCAGACGGUGAAGGACCGCUUCGAGUCCUUCCUGAAAGGAGACACCCAGAUCGUGGCAGAUGAGGCCUUCAUCAACGCCGUGCAGAGCUACUACGAGGUCUUCCUGAAGAGCGACCGUGUAGCCAAGAUGGUGCAGAUGGGCGGCUUCUCGGCCCUUGACUGCCGCGAGGUCUUCAAGAGGCACAUCGAGAAGCGCGUGCGCAGCCUGCCCGAGAUCGACGGCCUGAGCAAGGAGACGGUGCUGAGCUCCUGGAUGGCCAAGUUCGACACCAUCUACCGCGGAGACGAGGACCCGCGCAAGGCCCAGCAGCGGAUGACGGCCAGCGCCGCGUCCGAGCUCAUCCUGAGCAAGGACCAGCUCUACGAGAUGUUCCAGCAGAUCCUCGGCAUCAAGAAGUUCGAGCAUCAGCUUCUCUACCAGGCCUGCCAGCUGGACAACCUGGACGAGCAGGCGGCCCAGAUCAGACGGGAGCUGGACGGACGCCUGCAGAUGGCUGAUCAGAUCGCUAGGGCAGGGAAGUUCCCCAAGUUCGUGUCAAAGGAGAUGGAGGCCAUGUACAUCGAGGAGCUGAAGUCGUCCGUCAACCAGCUGAUGGCCAACCUGGAGAGCGUGCCGGUGUCCAAGGGCGGCGAGUUCAAGCUGCAGAAGCUGAAGAAGGGCCACAACACCUCCAUCAUCGACAUGGGCCAGGAGGACGAGAACACGCUCUCCAAGUCCGACGUGGUGCUCUCCUUCACACUGGAGGUGGUGAUCAUGGAGGUGCAGGGUCUCAAGUCCCUGGCCCCCAACCGCAUCGUGUACUGCACCAUGGAGGUGGAGGGGGGAGAGAAGCUGCAGACCGACCAGGCCGAAGCCUCCAAACCCACCUGGGGAACCCAAGGGGACUUCACCACCACCCACCCUCUGCCUGGUGUCAAGGUGAAGCUCUUCACAGAGAGCACCGGAGUCCUGGCCCUGGAGGACAAGGAACUGGGCAGGGUUGUUUUACACCCAACCCCCAACAGUCCGAAGGCAGCUGAGCUCCACAAGAUGGCGCUGACCAAGGCCUGUCCCGACCACGACCUGAAGAUCAAGCUGGCCGUCCGCAUGGACAAGCCUCAAAACAUGAAGCAUUGUGGGUACCUGUGGGCCUUUGGGAAGAAUGUCUGGAAGCGUUGGAAGAAACGCUUCUUUGUCCUGGUCCAGGUGAGCCAGUACACCUUCGCCAUGUGCAGCUACCGAGAGAAGAAGGCCGAACCACAGGAGCUGCUGCAGCUGGACGGCUACACUGUGGACUACACCGACCCUCAACCAGGUCUGGACGGUGGCCGCGCCUUCUUCAACGCCGUGAAGGGUGGCGAGGGCGACACUGUGAUUUUCGCCAGCGAUGACGAGCAGGAUCGCAUCCUAUGGGUGCAGGCCAUGUACCGGGCCACGGGCCAGUCACACAAGCCCGUCCCGCCCACCCAGGUCCAGAAGCUCAACUCCAAGGGAGGUGCCUCCGCCCAGAUGGACGCCCCCAUAUCGCAGUUCUCUGGACUCAAGGAUGCAGACCGGGCCCAGAAGCAUGGCAUGGAUGAAUUUAUCUCCGCUAACCCCUGUAGCUUUGACCACGCUCAGCUCUUUACGAUGGUGCAGCACCUCACCCUGGAGCACAGAAUCAACGACACCUUCGCAAGUUUGGGAUGGUUCAGUCCUGGCCAGGUGUUUGUCCUGGACGAGUACUGUGCUCGCAACGGUGUGCGCGGCUGCCACAGACACCUGGGCUACCUGGGAGACUUGCUGGGGAGGUCGGACAACGGGGCCAUGAUCGAUCCUACUCUGCUGCACUACAGCUUUGCUUUCUGCGCCUCGCAUGUUCAUGGAAACAGGCCAGAUGGACUCGGAACAGUGACAGUAGAAGAGAAGGAGCGCUUUGAGGAAAUCAAGGAGCGCCUUCGCGUACUGCUUGAAAGCCAGAUCGUCAACUUUAGGUACUGCUUCCCCUUCGGCCGUCCUGAAGGAGCACUGAAGGCAACCCUGUCUUUGUUGGAGCGGGUUCUGAUGAAGGACAUCGUGACCCCUGUGCCCCCGGAGGAAGUGAAAGGUGUCAUUCGCAAAUGUCUUGAACAAGCAGCCGACAUCAACUACCAGCGGAUAAAAGAGUACGCCACUGCGGAAGGGAAAAGGAGGGAAAUGUAUGAGCACCCUGUCUACUGCUUGGCGUCUCAGGUGAUGGAUUUAACCAUCCCUGAGAAAACCACAAAGCAUGACCCAAAGCAAGAUCCAGAGAACGCGGGCCAAGCGGUCACACCGGCCAAAAAGCUGGAGGAGACUAUUCGUCUGGCUGAGUUAGUCAUUGAGGUCCUCCAGCAGAAUGAAGAUCACCAUGCCGAAGCUGCAGUCCAAAGUACUGGAGAUCAAUCGGGCAAGCAAGCGUUUGCGUGGUGGACAGACCUCAUGGUGGAGCAUGCAGAGCACUUCCUGUCCCUGUACGCCAUCGACAUGGACGCGGCGCUGGAGAUCCAGUCUCCCGAGAGCUGGGACAGCUUCCCCCUCUUCCAGCUACUCAAUGACUUCCUCCGGCUGGACUAUCACCUGUGCAAUGGCAAGUUCCACAAGCACCUGCAGGACCUGUAUGCCCCUCUGGUGGUGCGCUACGUGGACCUGAUGGAGAGCUCCAUUGCCCAGUCUAUCCACCGGGGGUUUGAGCGCGAGGGCUGGGAACCAGUGAAGAGUUUAACAAGUAAUCUGCCCAAUGUGAAACUACCAAAAGUCGACCUUGAAAUCCCCAAAGUACCAGCCCUACCCGCUGGUCUACCAGUGUCUGGACUCUCUGUUAACCUUCCACAAAUGCCUAGCUUUUCCGCUCCCACCUGGAUGGCUGCCAUUUAUGACUCUGACAACGGCUCUGGAUCAUCGGAGGACCUCUUCUGGAAGCUGGACGCUCUGCAGACCUUCAUCCGGGACCUGCACUGGCCGGAGGAGAGCUUCGCCAAGCACCUUGAUGACCGCAUUAAGACCAUGUCCAGUGACAUGAUUGAAAAUUGUGUGAAGCGCACCCGCAUGGCGUUCGAGUCCAAGCUCACUAAAGCUAGCCGCUCCACAGACUUCCGAAUCCCGCUGUCAAUGUGCACUAUGUUUAAUGUGAUGGUGGAUGCCAAGGACCAGUCGGCUAAACUGUGUGCCAUGGAGAUGGGGUUGGGUACAGAGAAACAGAAAGCUUCUAAAAUAGAUGAACUCAUUGAAUCCAGUGUCAAGGAAAUGAUCUCUCUCAUGGUUGCAAAGUUUGUAGUUAUUCUUGAGAGUGUGUUGGCGAAGAUAUCCCGUUACGAUGAAGGGACACUGUUCUCAUCUUUUCUGUCUUUCACAGUGAAAGCGGCCUCAAAGUAUGUGGAUGUCCCUAAACCUGGGAUGGACGUGGCGGAUGGAUACGUAACCUUUGUGCGGCACUCUCAAGACAUUCUGCGAGAUAAGGUCAAUGAGGAGGUGUACAUAGAGAGGUUAUUUGAUCAAUGGUACACUGGGACCAUGGACCUUCUGGGCAGGUGGCUUACUGAACGCAUGGAGCAGCAACUUCACGUCUACCAGCUGAAGAUCCUCAUCAGGAUUGUAAAGAAAAAGUACAGAGACUUCCGUCUCCAGGGGGUUCUGGACUCCACGCUCAACAGCAAGAUGUACGACACUGUGCGCAAUCGCUUGACCGUGGAGGAGGCCUCAGCCUCGGUGAGGGAAGGAGGCAUGCAGGGCAUCUCCAUGAAGGACAGUGACGAGGAGGAUGAGGAAGAUGACUAGAGCACUUACCUCCAUUUGUGCCCCCACCACCACCACCGCCAUCACCUACGACACCACCACUACUGUCCGUCCUCUGACUCUGACCCCCCCACCCCCCAUCCCCCACCUCCCCCUCCUCUCCCCUCUCUUAACCUGCCCUUGUCAUCCUACCUACCCCCAAUAUCGCCCUCCUCCUGAAACCCUUAUCACAUUUUAACUUAGCCUGGUAACUGAUGCAUGUGAUGACUCCGUUUACUCAGUCUAGCCACUCUAGGACCUCUCUGUUGACUCGAAACGCCCAUGAAAAGAGCUAUCUAAUUAAAAAAAAGAAUAGUAAUUGUAACUGAGUUAUAAAAAAAAGGUAAAAAAUUUAAAAGUCUUAAAAAAUGUCAACAGUUUAGCUGUGUCAUGAUAUGAAAAAUAGCACCAAUUUCUUUGUUUUUUUUGUUUUGAAUCAUUGAGUUCGGAAUUUCUUUCUAUGUGUUCCUAAGCAAUAUGGAGUACCAUUUGUUUGACAAUGUUGCGUGAGACUAUUAGGUGUGUCCUUGUCCAAUGCGAUACAUAUAUGGCGCUUUGACGUACUGUUACAUACAUUUAUUGUACAUUGUCGUGAAGAAGAGUGCGUGGACCUUUUCUUUGUCUUGUCUCUUUUUAAGUGAAUGCCAACUGCUUCGAAGCGGAAAAAGAAACCUCUGUCUUUUAGUUCACUGCUCUUCAGAGUAACCGUCUUCUCUCUGUCUGCACUUCCUCAUGUGUAUUCCUUUAUGAUUUAUAUACUGCACAUUUCCUCCAUCUUGUGUCAAUGUUGCAGUUUACCACCAAAAUAGCCAUCUAAAACCGAAAAAGGUUGGUAUUCCAGAAAUGCAAUAUUAUCAUAAGCCAUCCUAUUUGAGAUACUUUAUUUUGUAUUUAUUUCUUGAAACAUGAAAAAGCUAUUGUCUUUGUCUGAUUUUUUUCUUUCUUUCAAGCGAAUGAGGGUUGUGCCAUUAGUCUGAAUCGCACUGUUGUUUUUUGUACAUAUGACGCUGUACAUUGCACUCUGAGCCAUCAAUGCAUGCCUGUGGGGUCCUGCCCUCCCAAACAAGCUUUUUGUUUUCUUCUGUGAAUUAGCUGGUGAAUUCAUUCUUGCUUUUGCCUUAUCAAAGCCAACAGUUGUAAUAUGCAAGAGCUGUGGCCUCUCAAUAAAAAUAACUGUACAAAUACA